GCUUUUCUCCCCGAGGGACAGCUUCGUCGAGUGCUUGCGCCGGUCGCCCGCCGCCGCCACCCCCUCGUGAUCUCUGUGACGCCACAACGACGUGUUGACCUGCCAUGAACGUUCAGGCCCUUCUCCCAAUCUCGGACGAACACCUUCUUGCUGCACGGUCCGACACUUCGUCAAAUCAAGAAACUCACGACGUUGACAACCCGUUCCGCGUGAAGUCUCAUCAAGAAUGGAACGCCUUCCUCAGCUCGAGUAUGCUGGUGCUGUCCCUUGAUGACCCUAGUGACGAUUCUACUACGUCGACAGCGUCCAACGAAGGGGUGAAACCCCUUCCAAUCUCCACGGCAUCCCCCUCUCGCCGAGUCGGCUCCCCAUUGGUCUUGGCGAUGUCUCCACUGGCGUCCCUUCCUUCCCCUGGUAGCGCGUCUGCAUCGUGGGCAACUUGGCAGCUCUCGAUGCCUCCUGACAAUAACGUUGACGACGAGCACUACGGCGGAGGUCGCCAUACCCAGCCUCUCAGUCCUCUGGGUGUGCCCCUACUGGAUGACCACGACGACAGCACCCGACCUCUACCUCACGACCACCGCUUGCGUGCGAAUUCCAUCUCCACGAUGCAGUCUCAUGACUCGAUACAACCUGGUUCGUCCGCCGUGCUCCCGCGCUCGUCCCAAUUGGCAUCUCGCCGCCUCCAAUCACUUGACCAACAGCCCAUGAUGCACCUUCGACGGUACUCGGAAGACCUCAACACCAACACGUAUGGACUGCCUUCUUCCCGUGAUACCCACGUGCAAGCACCCCCGCGUGGCAUUCGAUCGUACAGCAUUGGUUCGUGCCAAUCUCCUUCGUUGCAUCCUGCGACCGAUUCUCGUCAUCUGCGCCAUGGUUCCGUGACCAAGAGUCCAUUGCCUCGGCCACUGCCGCCGCCGCGACAGCCAUCGCUGAACCAACAGCCACCGCUAAAACCGUCUGGGUACGAAUGGCAGCCUCGCGCAACGUGUGUGCGUGAGGAGGACUUCUCUGGUGGUCCAUCCCAACUGAUGGCAUUCCAGCCGAUGUCGACGGCGCCGCCACUGCCGCUGGACCUCGGCGCCCUCGACACGACGUACGAAGUGCAGUUUAAGCGGUCUCGAAAGGACUUUUUUGCGGGCAUUCGUGGCUAUAACGUUGGUGACUACGUCAAAGUCGAAGGAGAUCGCGGCGAGGACGUUGGCCAUGUGCUUGGCGUGGUGUCAUUCGACCAUUCGAUCAAGAAGAAGGUCGACUUGACGCACACGGCGAUGGGCGUGAAGCGCAUCAUGCGCCUGGCGAGCGAAGCGGAAUGCGACCUCCUCCGGCAGCAGCACAAGGAAGAGCAGGAGGUGCUGCACGUGUGCCGGACCAAAGUGCGCCAGCGGAUGCUGCCCAUGAAUGUGAUUGACGCCGAGUACCAAUUUGACCGCCACAAGCUCACGUUUUACUUUGAAGCCGAAAGGCGGAUCGAUUUCCGCGAGCUCGUGCGCGACCUGUUUGCGAUCUACAAGACGCGCAUAUGGCUCCAGCAAGUGGUGCCAAAGAGCAGCAGCGGCGACCUUGCCAGCAGCCACCACCAUUAGGCUCGCGUUGUUGCAGGGAAUGGCCCUCUCAACAUGGAGCUGCCGCCUCCUCCACUUUGAUACAUAGAUUAUUUAGAAGUAUAUUUUGCUAACCAUGGUUGCCAUGGAGCUGUCUCG